UUAGAGUCUCAAGCCCCAAUAAAUAUGAGACUGGGGAUGUCUGAGGUUCAUUCUGCCCUGGAGCCCACCAGGAACGAAAGAGAGAGAUCCAUCUGCCCUCCAGGACCUCAGCUAUGAACUCCCUCUCCACAAGCGCCUUCAGUCCAGUGGCCUUCUCUCUGGGGCUGCUCCUGGUGAUGGCUACUGCUUUCCCUACCCCGGGACCCCUGGGAGGAGAUUCCAAAGAUGAUGGCACCUCAAACAGACCACCACUCACCUCUGCAGACAAAAUGGAAGACUUCAUUAGGUUCAUCCUUGGCAAAAUCUCUGCAUUGAAAAAGGAGAUGUGUGAAAAGUAUAACAAAUGUGAAGACAACAAGGAGGCACUGGCAGAGAACAACCUAAAUCUUCCAAAACUGGCAGAAAAGGACAAAUGCUUCCAGUCUCAAUUCAAUCAGGAGACCUGUAUGACAAGAAUCACCACUGGUCUUCAGGAGUUUCAGAUACACCUGAAAUACCUAGAGGCCAACUAUGAGGGUAAUAAGAACAAUGCCCACUCUGUGUACAUCAGCACCAAACACCUUCUCCAGAAGCUGAGGCCCAUGAAUCAGGUUGAAGUGACCACCCCCAACCCUACCACAGAUUCCAGCCUGCAGGCUCUCUUCAAGUCUCAGGACAAGUGGCUGAAACACGUAACAAUUCACCUCAUCCUACGGAGCCUUGAGGAUUUCCUGCAGUUCAGCCUGAGGGCCAUUCGGAUCAUGUAGCCUGGGCAUCUAAGAUUGCUGUAGUUCAUGGGCAUUCCUUUCUCUGGUUAGAAACCUGUCCAUUGGGCACAUAACUUAUGUCGUUCUCUGUGAAGAACUAAAGGUAUGAGCGUUAGGACACUAU